CCGCAUAUCAAAAUACCAUCACUCAACUCUUUUGGCGAGUACGGAUCUCAUGAGAUUCUAACUCUGUCAAUCACAUAAAUAGAACGUGCUUUCGUCCUACUACCUGAUGUCUUCUCCCGAAGACAAUGUGCGGCUACACAUCAGGCCGCUGAACGAAUCCCUGCUAGAAAAACUCGUAGGCGGCCAGAAAUUUUCGAGCGGCACGGUGAAAGAUGUUUUUAUCCAUAAAUCUGAGGCCGAGCCAGAGGGUUCGUUUGGGUUUUUGAGCCUUCCGAAAGGGACCGCCGAUGCGCUUCUCAGGAAGUACAACCACUCCACGAUCCAGGGCCGCAAGCUCAGGAUCCAGAAAGCAAAGCCCGAGACCUGGAAGGACCGGAGAGAAUCUAGCGAAGAGGAGAUUUCCACCCAGACAUCCGGCGUGAUAUCAUCGCCAUUGCCAGCCCUCCGACCUUUCGGGUCGGUGCUCACAGGCUCCCAAGUAAAGCGAGACAGUCACGGCAACGAACGCCACAUCAAACGUGGCUGGAUCAUCCCCAAGCGCAUCCAGCAGAAAGGCGGCAAGGAGGAUCGAUUCUUCCAGUACAGUCGAUGCGCAUUCAAAACGCGGGUACCGCCGAAUCGGGUAUCCGACCUAAAGCAACCAGCUAAGGGACCCGACCCAAAAACGAGCACUGGGACCAGGCCGCACAGGAAAGAGGCGACGAUUGUGGAAUUCGGAGGCGACAAGAGGCGGGCAUGGCUUGGGAUGGAUUCUAAACCUGGAGGUGGCCCGGUACCUCUGACGUAUUUCGACGAGUCUAGAGGGGGUUGGGUGGCAGAGGAUGGGACCUUGGUCGAGGCCGUUGGGGACAGAAGAGCUCGACCGGCAGCAAUCUAUACCGCUGCAGAAUUCGCGGAAGCCAUGGAAGGGGUAUUUGAUGAAGAGGAAUCCGAAUUGGGGAACGAUAGUGUUUCUGAAUUAGGUCACACGCCGGGCAUCUCUACCGCUGCGGAGUUUGCGGCAGCCAUGGAGGGGGCAUUUCUGGACGAUGAAUCGGAUUCCGGCAGUGAUGAUGCUUUGGAGUCAUUGCCGUGGGGGAAUCUGGCGGAGCCAGUUGAUGAUGGAGAAGCUCCAAAGGUAGUCACCUCUACAGCUACUGAAUUCGCGGCUGCUAUGAAUGGCGCAUUUCUUGAAGAUGACGAUGAACCGGAAUCUGGGGAUGGUGCUGCGGAAUCAGGCCGCGAGUCAGUCAACUCUGCCGCAGUGGAAUUUGGGGUUGACAUGGCUGGCACACUUCUUGAAGAUGAAGAUGGACCAGAAUCUGGCCCCGGUGAUGCUGCGGAAUCAACUCGCGAGUCAAUCAUCCCUAACGCAGCGGAGUAUUCGGUGGCUAUGGACGACGCAAUCCUCGAAAAUGAAGAUGAACCGGAAUCUGGUCAUGAUGAUGCCGCGGAAUCGACUCGCGAGUCGGUCAUCUCUACCGCGGCGGAGUUUUCGCCGGUUAUGGAUGAUCCAUUGCUUGAAGAUGAAUCAGUAUCUAACAACGACGAUGCCUCGGAGCCGUCGAAUGGUCAAGAUGGCGCCUCUGUGGAGGAUGAAUCCAAACCUGAAGCCGAGGAAAAUUUAGCAUCUUCACACCAUCAAGGCUGUGCCAAUGAAUCAGAUUCUGCUUCUACUGCAACGGUGGAUCAGGACAUGGGCAAUCCAACAGUUGGACAAACACAGGAUACAGAGCAUCACACAUCAGAGGAGCAUCAAGAAGUCCAUCCGCUUGAGGAGCUAUAUCGGAGAACUGGCCAGCCAAAGGUGAAAGAUUUCUCCUUCUCAUUUGGCGGAGCAGAUGACGUCUCAGACGAAGCUGUUGACGAGGAACCGAACUUCGCACCAGAGGUAUACCAUGACCCUGAAGAUGUUCAAGAAGGUUGGCCAGUCAUGGUGGAGGAAUCAAUCACACCCAGAGGAGACUCUACGGUUGCCGAUGUCGUGCAGCCUAGUACAGGACGUUCUGGGUUUGAAAAGAGCUUUAGAAUGGAUCGCUCUGCAUGGAAACGAGCACGGAAAGAGGGUUUGAAGCAAGAGAGACAACGCUUCAAUCGAAGGUGGGGUGGGUAUUGAGUCAUAACGUCCAUAGGGUUGACCGCUAUCGUCUCCAUCUGAAACGACGCAUAAGGCAUGCGCUUGUCACUGUCAGAAAUACCCUUACACAAUUACCAAUUAACGAAGAUCUCAUGUUCUGAGGUCAUCAAGAGUCCCAUACUACAAUCCCGUAGAACAACGGAACCAUUAGUGAUUAGCUGCUCGUAUUUACGGUUCGCUACACAUUUCAUUGAGCUCCAGUGGUGAGUGGACGAAUAUCACCCCUGUCUGGAUCGACAAAAGUUUCGUCAACAAUGUUGUUUCCAUUAAAUUUUUCGAGUAUAAUCAGCCCUAAACAACUUACAACAGUC